AUGAUGAGGGUACAAGUGGAGGAUGAUAUAAAGAAUGAAAAUGGAGGUUGUGUAAAAAAUUCAAACAAUAAUGAUAGGUUGAGACUUUUAAGAGAUAUUGCAAGAGGUCUUAAGGAUAUUCAUAAUGAUGGAUCGAUUCAUCGUAAUUUUCAUUGUGGUAGCUUAUCAAUAGAAUUGGAUCAUGCAUUUUAUAUCGUUUCUAUCACAGACUUGGGAUACAGUCAACCGACAAAUCCAAAUACUACACAGGAUGGCCAAGUUCAAGUAUACGGUGUGUUACCUUAUGUGGCCCCCGAAGUUUUAGUAGGUAAUGAAUACACGCAAGCGGCCGAUAUCUACGCAUUCGGAAUGAUAGCAUAUGAAAUAAUGACCAAAUUACCUCCUUAUUAUGAUGUGGCGCAUGAUGAAUCCUUAGCUUCGAGAAUCUGUCAAGGAUUGAGACCAAGUUUUAAUUGUUUUAAUUGUAAAGUUCCGCCUCUGAUUUUAGAUAUUAUUCAAGGAUGUUGGGAUGCGGAUCCUUCAAAUCGUCCUAAUGCUAAUGAAUUGUACACUUUAUUAUAUCAAUUUGGAUUUGAUGCAUUCUUCGUUCAAAGUUCAUUAGCAUACAGGCAAGUUUUAGAAGCGUAUAAACUUAAUAGCUCAUCAUUUACUGAUAUUAAAGAGAUUAAAGUUCAUCCUCAAGCCGUUUAUACGAGCAGACUUUUAACUUUUAAAGAUCUUCCGAACCCCAAAGAUGCUGAUAUUGUUCAAACUUAA